AUGCAAAAACUAGAAACAACAGCAUGCCAAGAAGCCGAUUUUAUGCUAAAUGAUGCUUACUGCAAGCUAAGAAAAUCUCCUACCCGGCAAUCCUCUCUGCUGAUCGAUCCUCCGCCACACUAUCCGAAUCUUCCCAGUCCCUUACUUAAUGACAGCACGCCGCUGUUCAACACAUCGUCCUCCGGCAACAGCCCUAAUCCCGCAUCACCAUCAACUACCUACACGUCACUUAGCGCUGGCCAUCACUCCACUUCACCGCCGGCCACUUUACUGGCCUCCCCUUCGCCAGCGUCCUCCCCCACAACGACGGCGGCGGCGACGACAACGGCUGCGAUCACGACGGCAACAACCGGCAGUUCCACUUCCGCCCCAUUUAACCAUCAUCACGUGGAAAAGCGACUGGCAUCCGAUGCGUCCUGCUACGGGAGCCCUUCGAAGAAAACCAAACUCUCUGGCGCAUCGUCAGCAGCAACGUCGUCGUCGUCGCUGUUCUCGUCUGCAUCGUCUGCAUCGUCUUGUCACGUCUUCGCACCAUCGCCAUCAUCGUCUUCCGUCCUUUAUCGUCAGCAUCACCAUCAUCACCAUAACAGUGGGGGAGAUGCGGGAAGUGGAGGAAGCAACGCCAGUGGUAACGGUGGUACCAUGCCUAGCUCGGUACUGCAGCAAACGCAGAGGCUUGUCGAUAGUCAUACGUGCUUCUCUCCAGCAUCCGGCGGCACGACCGGGCACGGGGCUGCCAGUGAAAGUUUAAACAUACAUGACAAGCUCAGGGAGUUGUUUCUGGAGCUACUGGUGGAGGACUCUAGCGAAAGCGACAGACUUAGCUUAAGGAAUACAUCGUUUCUGCUGGAAAAGCUAAUACUACGCGAACAGCUGAACACGCUAAUAGUGAAUCUAUACCCGGGCAACAAAGGAUAUUCGCUAGCAUUUCGAAUAGGAUCGCAAGAGGAUGGAGGUCGAAAUGUUUCGAAGAGUGGUUCAUCGGCAAAUCUGACAGCCUUUUCGUCGAUGGGCACGGGAGUUGGGCCACCGUCCGCUUCCGGCAAUGAUUCCCUGACGUUAAACGCUAGUAGUGAUCUCAAUAGUGAAAAGCUGCAGGAAACCAUACAAUGGCCAUACGAGGAAGAAGAUUUGCUAGACUCUAUCGAUCGAGAGGAGCUGCCGUUGGUGUUAGUGGACAUACUGGAGAGUAAGUGUCCUGCGUUGUUCUACUGCGGUUGCGUGGUUGCUGAGGUGCGUGACUAUCGGCAAUCGUUUCCUAUUUUUACCUGUGAUACUUUCCACGUGUUACUGAAACCCACCAAUCAGACCUUGUUGGCCGACGUGAAUAUCCUAACGGCGGAAGGCGAGUGGAGUGCUGAGGAUAAGCUGGUGCUCGAAAGUCAGCUUGUUCUGGCGACGGCGGAACCACUUUGCCUCGAUCCGAAUCCGGCGGUCGGGACGAUGUCUAUCAAUCAGUAUCAUCGAAGGCAACUGCUCAAUACCGCCCCUAUUCGCCGGCAGGCAAAGAAGUUUUCCCAGAUCGCAGUCAACCGGAAAAGGAAAACUGACCAAUUCACACACAACUACGGGAUGGAGCUGAGUGAUUUUCUUAACAAAUUCCGGUCACGCCCACCGCGCCAACAGAGCGUACGACGUGGUGUGGUCAGUUUCACUCUACCCAAGAAGCCGUCCGAGGUGGUGCCAACGGUCAACUUGCCCAAUUUGGAACUACCCGAGCUGGCGAUACCGUCGGAGGUAAAUGUGGAAAAGUACGCUCGCAAGUAUGAAGCGCCUAAGGAGAGCCGUGACUGCAUACCGCAACUGAUCGAAGAGUACAUUCUUGAGACGGACCGCGUUGUAAAUCGGGGUGAUACACGCGUGUACCAUAUUAAGCUUUCUAUCUUUCAACGGCCGUCGAAUUCGGAAUACCUUGGCGAGUUGUAUGUUGAUCGAGACUAUCGUGAGAAUGAGCGGAACGGUGAGGCUUGUCAAUUUUCACUCGGUACGCGAGCACACGCCCAUCGUUACAUUCAACAGUUUACGGAAAUUUUCACCGAGGAGGGAAGAAAAUCGGUCAAAAUAACGCAUCUGGUUCCGGGACAGGUUCCCAAAGUGCUGCACACCGCAGGUAUGCGCGAACAGAACCAGCAACAACAGCAACAACAGCAGCAGCAGCAGCAGCAGCAACAGCAGCAGCAGCAGCAACAGCAGCAGCAACAACAGCAGCAGCAACAACAGCAGCAGCAUCAGCAACAACAGCAACAACAACAGCAGCAGCAGCAGCAACAAUUGCAGCAACAGCAUCAUCAACAGCAAAUACAGCAACAAAUAUCUCAGAUACAACAACGACUACAAUCUCAUCCAACCCAAGCGUUGAUCACACGGUUGCAAGCAACUAAUCCGGCCUUGGCAUCACAAAUUGCGACGGCAACGGGUGUUAACGGUAACAUCACACUGAACGCAACGAACCCAAACACACUCCCGGGCAAUCAAUCACAGCAGCCACAACCAUCGCUGACUACCGCGCAGUCGACCGUACACCAGAGUUUGUCCCAUCAGCAGCUCAUAUCGACUACGACCUCGGGUCCGAACAUUAUAAGUAUUGGACCGGCGGCUUCUUCGACGACGCAGCCACAGCAGUCUCCCGUCCAGCAGUCGGCGCAAACCCAGAUUCACAUUCAACCACAACAUCUGAUAGCAUGUUCUGGCCACCAACAGCAACUGUUUAACACAAACCCCUGUGAUACAAACAACGCAUCGACCAGCAUCGUAGGUACUGCCGCCGGUACGACAUCGAGCAACGUGGCAACUUCACAAGGCACGACCAUAACGCUGCAAACCCAACCAUCGUCCCAGCAACAACAGCAGCAGCAGAUCCAACAAAGUCAACCGCCCCAGCAGACAUUGAGCUUGAGCAAUGGAUCACUGUUGCUCGUGCAACCUUCUGGGCAGAUAUCGAACCUAACAAUGACUACUAAUGCUGCAGGACAGCAGCAACUAUUAGCAACGGCUGCCGGAACGGGAACUGUUGGUAACACCGUCGGGAAUGCGGUAAGCGGUGCACAAAGUUUUACCUUUGCCUCGGGUGGGCAAACGGCCACCAUUAUAAAUCAAACCGGUGCUCGAACCCUUGGUAAUACUGUCCCACUGCUCGUGCGGCUCGACAACACGAAGAUGUCGCGGGAUGCUGCGGGUAAUUUAAUAUCAACCAUUUCGCAACAAGCUACUCCCUCUGGACAAGUACAACUGCAAGCACAACAACAAAAUGUGGUACAAAUCCAGCAACAGCAGCAGCAGCAGCAACAACAGCAGCAGCAGCAGCAGCCGCAACAAGCCCAGCAAUUGCAGAAUGCUGCUGGAUCGAUUCAUACGACCAAUCCGGAAAUAAAGGCAAUCGCUAUAAGCAUUAUGAACUCAGCCAACCAGUUUACGAACCGUCAACAGCAGCAACAGCAGCAACAAUCGACCGCGAAGUCAAGCAGCAAUGCCGCUAUUCUUAGUCUCCUUAACAGUGCACCUGCUGCGAUGACCAAUUCACCGGUAUUGAGUAGCAGUCUCACACUGCCCGCUGGUAAAACGGUGACUGAGCUGCAACAGCAGCAGCAGAACCAGCAGCAACAGCAUCAACAACACACAAUCCACCAUCUUCAAACGGCAGGGGGAGGUACGGCGGCUACGAUAAGUGGAAGCGCUGCAGCAGCACUGUUCAAUAGUGUCGGGGGGCGUAAGAUAAAUAUUCAACAAGCGCAGGCCAACCAAAACCGCAUUCUUAACCAUGCUAAUCUAAUCACCGUCAGCGGUGGUACCGGUACCAACAAUCAUCAAACGCAGAUCAUCAAUAUCCAGGCGAGUGAUUUGCAGCAGCAGCAACAUCAAUCUGGCCAGCAGUCAACUCAAUCGGUAGCUCAACAACAGCAGCAGCAGCAGCAGCAACAACAGUCGCAACAGGCAGGAAAUAUUCGGGUUACGAUGUCCGCUCUUGCUACCCAACUGGCAUCACCCCCCGCAAUCCUAACCACUUCGAACCUGCCCCAGAGUUUUAAUGUCGCUGCUGCAGUUGGUGCUACUUCGGGUGGCAAUGUUGCUGGCACGACCGUUUCAACAGCGAAUACUGGCACGUUUAGUGGUGGCACUGGAAUUUCCACUGCUGGGAGUAAACUUAUCAUAAACAACGCCAAUCAGCGUGUGCUGAACAUCAAUGCCAAUCCGGGAACGGCCACAUCAACGGCGGCCGUUGUUGCUGCUGCCUUCGGUGGGGCGAUACGGCGUGUUAGCGCAACGGGCAAUCCUGGAGCUGCCGAGGGGAUUCAGAUGCAAAUUCAGGGACUCACUGCCUCGCAGAGCUCAACGAACCUAGCUGGAACGGGUGGAAACGUUAGCAACCUGGCCGGUAUCACGUCGGACAGUGGGUUGCGUCGCACCGUUGUACCAGAUCAGCUACAGAUACAGAGCAUUGCUUCGCCCGGUAGUGAUCACUCCAACACAUCAUCAGUUUCUCUGACCAGCAAUGGUGGUGGGGGUGGCGGCACCACAGGAACAGUAAACGGUGCUAACGCAAACAACAUCAUCUUUAACAACAUGUCCGGUUUGACGGCAUUGCUCGCCAACAGUGCCACUUCUGGUGUGGGCCAACCCACACUAGCUACCAGUAUCAGUGGUAGUGGCGAUGGUACGAUGCAGAACACGGUAUCUGUGGUCGGAGCUACGACCGUCGUUGGUCUGGGCGGGAUGUCAAACAGCGCAAAUAGUAGCACCAACAUCACCAGUACCAACGCCACCAGCAACGCUACCGUGUGUGGCAAUAAUAACGCAAACUCAGCAUUAAUCGAAAGACUGACUUCAUCUAGUAGCUUAAAUAUAACUAAUAAUAGUAACCUGCCGGCAGCGAGUCCCGGAUUGCAGUUUACCAUACCUUCGCCAAAAACGCCUCAGCAGCAAUCUCAAGCGCAUAUGCAGAUACAAUCACCUGCUGGAUCGAUAUCGCCUCUCUCUAGUCCUCCGCCCCAGGUCACCAUCCAUCCGCAGCAGCAUCCAACCCAGCAACCGCAGCACAGCCAACUGCAGGCGCAAGUUGGACAGCAGCAGCAACAAUCUACGACGGUCAAUUUGCAAGGACUGAACUUUGCCAGCCUACACGGUGCAAUGACUUCCAUUCCCGGAUUGCAGAACGUGCAGGUACAAAUUCCAGGCCUUGCGCAGCCGAUUUCGCUAUCGCUUUCAUCAACACCAUCCGGUGGAGCAACGGGCGUGUUAAAUAACACCGCUGCAAAUAGCGCAGGCCAAACAACCAGCUUACUAGUAUCAGUCCCAGUGACCAACACAACGCAGGUUGUGAAUACCAUUAACGCCAGUGGCACUAGCAACAUACUCUCUGGUAACUCACAGACGACACAAACAGUUGUCCUUACGAAUCCACAGACGAGUGGUUCUAGUUUGCUCUCUCUUCCAAUUGCUCAAAUCGUAACAUCCGGCAUGAAAGGACUCGGCCAGCAGGGUAUACGAACCGGCACACCGUUAACCGUUAAUACCGGUCAGGCUGGACAGAUUCAACUGCUUAACUUUAGCCAGCGUCCCCGCACAGGACAGUUGCCCGUAGUGAGCUGCUCCGGCACAACGCCGAUAACGGCCAAGCAGCUGGCAGCGCGUGUCGCUCAACAUCGGCAACAAAUGGCUACAGCAGGUGGAUCGACAUUAAAAAUAGCAACACCUAUUACUGCAUCCCAUAAUGCGGCACAGCUGAGCAAUAACUUGAACGUGACCUCCAACACCACGGCAAACCAGCUAAUUAUGAGUACGAAACAGCUGCAGCUCAAACUGCAGCAACAACAGCACGUGCAGCAACAGCAACAGCAGACUCAGCAGAUAAUCGCAGCAACUAGCAACCAACAGCAGCCCGGUACGACCCAAAUACACAUUCAGCAGCAAUCACAGCAAGCGCCACAAUUGCUGCAACAGCAACAGCAGCAGCAACAGGCCCAAUCCCAGGCUACGCAGCAAAUCAACAUUAUUAACAAUACGGUGAUGACACCACUGUCGCUGUCUAGCCCGGUUUCAGUGACAAGCACCGUAGUGGCCCAGCCUACAGGAGGGCAUCAAAACAUAAACGCAAUUACAGCAGCAGCCGCAAGCGGAAAGCACCGACGAAGAUCGGCUGCCGAAAUGAAUAAGUAG